AAGUGAGUGGCGAGUCAACACACAACACAGGCACACGCACACUACGCGGGAGUGGAAACUGAAAAUAGAAACGGCUCUCUGCUUUUCAAAAGUGGGUGAAACGAACGCCUUUCAAUUUCAGGCAUUAGGGUUUUCUGGCGUUCUCUAUCUCUCUUAGUAAAUUCUCAUGUUGUAUCAUUUUUCCAUUUCAAGUUCAGAAAUCAUUAGCUAAUUUGAAUUUUAUGUGCUGAAGCGAGGAAACUGACGAUUGCUGUUAAUUUUCAUAAAAUCUUUAAGAAGUGAAGGUUCUUGAUUCUCGAUGGAAAAUUUCGCCCCGGAAAUACUCGGGAUAAGCUCCGAUGAGGAGGCCGGUUUUGGGGAGACCAGAAAAGAAGGUUGUGAUGACGCUUGGGAUGUAGAAAACCAUGAUUGGUUAUCGAAGCUAUUAGCCGAGGUGGACGCGAAUACAGUUGAUUCCGAUGAUGCAAUGGUUGUAAGAGAGGCUAUUCCGGUCACGGGAGAAUCAAACAUACUACCUUUGAAGCCCACUGCAAAAAUUGAGGAUUCUGACGACGAUGAUUGUGUGAUUUUGGAUGGCGACCCGGAUAAGUUGUUGGCAGUUAAAGAUGGCAGAGUCAACAUUGAUGAUUCAGAUGAUUUGGUGGUUAUUGCAGAAAAGGGUCAGGUUGCAUGCAGAGACUUUCCUCACCCGCGGCAUCUUUGCGCUAAAUUUCCAUUUGCUUCUACUCCCCACGAGAGGCGUUGUGACCAGUGUCACUGUUAUGUUUGUGAGUCAAUUGCUCCAUGUUGCCUUUGGGGAACUGGCAUUUCCAGUCAUGACCAUUGUCAUGCUACUGAAAAAGAGGAAUUCUGGAGAGCUCAGAGGAAAAGCUUGAAGAACAGUGAUAAUGUGUCACCUGUUACUGUUCUUCGUAGCGUUGACAAUACUUCUUUUUUGAGAGGACUUUCACGAACCACUCAAGUUCUACCAUCAACUCCUUUACCACCCAAUUAUCGCACGUUAAAUAUCAGAAACCAAGGCAGAAAUCAGCCACCCGGAUUUUCUGUUCCCAGAAGUAGAUUUCAACCAUAUUUGGUUGCACAACAGUUGCAAAAUACAUCCAAUAACAAUGGUAACUUAAGUGUUAGAAAUCGAAGUGUUUGGAACAGUGUCCCUCGGGUCAAACAUACUGGUGCAGUGUUUAAAAGGAAUGGACAUUUUGGAGCUUCAGCAAACAACAACUGCAGGUAUAACAAUAGCGAUUAUGGGUCUAAAAUCUCUGGAGAUCCCUUUCUGAAGGAUCCGGUACUAAAUAGCUACAGUAGCUCCAAUCAGCCAACAAUGCGGAGCAGCACUGCUAAUACUGUGUAUUCCCAGCUCGGAGUGUCUGUUCCACCAAACAUGGGAGGUUUUUAUUCAAACUGCGUACCUUCUCAACCUCAAAUGUCCCCCCAACCAUAUUCAAGCUACUUAGUUACAAAUUCAGUGCGUUCUCAACCCCAAUUGCCUUCUCAGCCCUUCCCUGCUAGCAACUUGGUUACUGUAUUGCCUUCGCAAUCGCAGGUAACACCUCAAUUGAAUGUGAGAAACAAUACUGAAAACUCGUUUCUCUCCCAGUCCCAAUUGGUCUUUCAGCCUCAAGGACCUGCUGCACUUUUGCAGACCCGACUGCCCAAGCAACCCAACAUAGGCAGUGGCUUUCAAAAUCAUUUGCAUUCUCAGUCCCUCAAAACCUCCCAGCCCAACAUGGUUAAGGCCUAUGAAAGACAUUCGUCCUCACUACCUAAAACACAUAGUUACCCCGAAAUUCUAUCAAAUGAUGAUCAAUAUAUUUUCCAGCAAGGGGAUCGAACUGAAAGUGGUUUUAAUACAAGUUGCAGUGAUUUUGGUUGUAAUUUUGAUGCCUGUCUCAGCCGUUGCAACUAUCAACAACUUUCUGUUGUUGGUUACCAACAUCACCAUGCUGCACCUUCGCAGCAAAGUGUACCAAGAGAAGAUGAUUCCCAUCAUCAAAAUGGACCACAGGAAAAUGAAUGUUUUCAGCAAUUUGAAGCACUAGCAGAAAAUUGCUCCCUCACAGAUGAUAUUGGUUUCCCAUUUUCUUGAAAUAUAAAUUGAGACGCAUUGGACUUUCACUUUGAUAGUUGGAUGUUUGAGAAUCAGUCUUCAUUAAGAGCUUUGGAAGUUCAGUUCCUAUGCCUCCUGGAUUUAAUGCGUUCUCCACUGAAUAGUGCAGGGACAAGUGCAAAGUGAUCCAAGAUGAUACGAAAUCAGUAGUCAUGCACCGUAGCUCCUGCCGGCAACUAUGAAUUCGAGAGUUUUAACUGAUGUGGAACUAUUCCAACAGACCCCAUGUCAGUUUAUUCCUGGGAAUAGUGAUAGUGUUCUGCAAUGGUAUGAAACUAUCACACUUCGUAUAAAAUCAAUAAUCUAGAUGGUUGCCUUUGGGCACUUCGCUGAGCAGUCACAAAAAUGUCAAAGCAUUGCCAAGUAAUAAACAGAGAAAACACAUAUUGGUUUUACAUAUGGGCUGCAAUGGAAUUAUAGUCUGCUUAAGGCCUGGGACUGACAACUGGAUGAUGAAGAAUUGAUUAGACUAGCCAAUUAUACCAAUUCGGCUGGCCAUCUCAGUGAACUAUAUAAUUCCUGCAAAGGUGGAUUUCUACAUUCAAAACAUGUUAAUAUACUGCUGCAUACUGGAAAACUUGAGACUUGAUUUCAGAUCAACAUUGCCAAGCUCAUAAUUAGGCUUUUGAUGCUGCUAUGUAUGUAUCAAAGUGCCGAAUGCAAAUUGUUCAAAUAGAUGAUUCCCACUCGGUGUCUGUUGGUGAGUCCAAAAUCUUGAAUAGCCAGAUAGAUUUUUGAGCUUAUUUAAAUAUGUGACCUUGUUAAAGUGCUUGUUACUAGAUGUCUGAAGUGGUGAAGAAACCUAUAUGAUCUAUGGAUUUUGUGAAUUGAGACAGGUUAAUCGAAUAACUUUGAUGGCAUGUUCGGUUUAAAUGAUUGGACAAGACAAUAUGAAGUUUUUUUUUU